AUGGCGCCGCCUGGACAGCUCCCUCGCGUCCGCUCGGAGGAGGCGUCAAUCGAGAAGGGCCGCGCAGCCUAUGCGGACCAGCGCUUCCGGGUCGCCCUCGAGCACUUCACCCUCGUCGCUGGGAACUGUCCAUGUUCGUCACCCUCGGGAGGAGGGUCCUCCUCCUCCUCUGGCGGAGGCCCAGGAAGUAGUUCCGGUGGUCGUGCUCCUGGAGGUCUCAAAGGGGUCGGGGCCGCAGGUCCUGGAGGUGAUGGAGGUGCAGGUUCUGACGGCGGCAACGGCGGCAGGGACAGCCCCGCGCAGCAGCGCCGCCGGCGGGAGAGGUGUACGUGCCGCGACUUUGGUCAAGCGGCGACCCGGCACCGGCGCGAGAGGGGCAGCGUCUACGCGGAGGCCACCAAGGAGUGCAAGUGCGGCGCCGAGAAGACGUGGGGCCGGUGCCACCGCGAGGGCCACGUCCAGGCGCUCGACUACCGGGCUGCGUGCUUUGAGAAAAUGGGAAAGCUGGAUAUGGCGCGCAGGGAUGCGGAGUGGUUGUUAGAGAUUGCGCCGCGGCGGUUGGAGGGGUACAUGAGGUUGGGGAAGAUAUACAAGUUGGAGAAGAAGCACGAGAUGGCGUGGGCCGCGUGGAGUGCCGGUAUCGAGGUUGGACAAAAGGAAGGCCUCAUCAGAACGGCCAAGUAUGAGCAACUUCGCAAGAUUCGCGAACCGCUUCACAAACACUUUUGUCGUAGAGACCCUAUGGAAUUACCAAUCGAGUUGAUUGAAAAGAUCUUUUCCUACUUUGAUUUUCACGAGUUAUGCCGAAUAUCGGGUGUCUGCAAACGAUGGGACCAGUUCCUCGACACCCACCCCUACAUCUGGAGACAAGUCCACUUCCCCUCCCUGAACCCGCAAAAGCCUCCGCGGGUCUCCUUCCUCAAGACGUUACGGAAACGGACCGGCGGCCUCGCCCGCAGCCUCAUCGUCCCCAACGCGCACGCCUUCCAGCUCAACGAGACAAAGUGGCUGUCGCUCAUCCAGACCACGAACCCGCGCAUGACGACGCGCCUCGAGAUCGGCGCCAUCAAGCGCAACCUCGAGGGCGGCGACUGGGGCUUCAAGCUGCCGCCCAAGCCGCUCUUCUUCGAAGGGCUCACGCACCUGGGCUUCAGCUUCCGCGAGAUCACCAGGCCGAGCUACCAAGGCAGCGGCGGCGCCCAGCCCUUUGUGAGGCAGUUUGUCGAACGCGCACGGGAUAACGUCGAGAGGAUAUCCCUCUUCAGCAUGCACCUGAACGACCUGGGCUGGCCGGAGCUACCCCGUCUCAAGGUCCUUCAGUUGACCGGUCCGCAGAACUCGACGUUGAAUCAACUGACCCCCGAGCGCCGGAUCGAUCCCUUCGCCCUCGCCCGCGCAACGCCAAACCUAGAGCAACUCCACAUGGACAACUUCGGCGUCUUCACCGGCCUCGACUCCCUCGCCCCGCCGGAAGACUGCUGGUCCCUCUGGCCGAGCCUCCAGGUCAUCAAGCUCGGCAAGGCCUGCGGCGCCCUCUCCAUGGGCGACAAGCGCCACUUCCCGCCCCUCCAUCCGUCCUCCUUCCGCGUCCUCGACGCCCGCGCCGCCCUCCAGUCCAACCACGGCGACUGGCUGCCCCAGCAGCUGCCACUCGACUACUCGGGCUACGAGGCCGCCGAGUCCCUCGUCACCUACCCCAACCUCGAGCGCUUCUGGAUGCCGAAACUGCCCCUGAGCGUCGACCUCGCCACCGUCCUCCUCGAGCCCGCCGUCCGCUCGGGCAGGCUGCGCGAGCUCGGCCUCUGCUGGCGCCAGGAGCCGGGCCAAUUCUUCCCCGGCGCCCUCGACUGGCUGCGCGGCAGCCCCUCGGUCCGCACAUUUGGCUUCUUCCACUUUGAUUUCGAGUCCCACGAGAACCUGACGCGCGACCCGGCGCAGAGGGGCCUCGGCAUCGACCCGGUCGACCUCCUCUUUGGCUUCCUCCAGUCAUUUCCCAACCUCGAGGUUCUCGAGCUGCACUCGGACCUGUGCGACCAGCGGCGCCUCGGCGCCGUCAUUGAGCGCGUCGCCAUAUUGGGCAGGCUGAAGCGGGUGUACCAGCGCGCGCUGACGGGCGUGGCGAUGGACCAGCUGAGGACGUUUUGCGGCGCGCACGGGGUCGAGGUCGUGUACGGCAGCUGGGAGGCCGAGUUCCCCGUGCCGUUGGAGCCCUUGGCUCCCGUGGAGGCCGAGAUUGGGUGA